CAGGCUUUCAGUGAGCUCUCUGUGUAUUCCUGCCUCUCUAUCUGAGGAUCUAUGCGGCUUCACCGACAGCAAACACGGACCGGUUGUACCUUUUACCAGCCCCAGAAAAGCCCCACACAUUGCACACUGGAUCUUAUUUCUCUACAUGCGACUCCAAUCGGAAUAAAUAAUUGAGGAAUGUGGAAAUUACAGAAUGCCCAACAGCGCUGGAAAGAGAUUUAAACCCACCAAAUACAUCCCAGUAUCCACUGCUGCCACUCUCCUUGUGGGAUCGACCACUUUAUUUUUCGUUUUCACGUGCCCCUGGUUGACGAAGGUAAUCUCUCCCGCUGUGCCUCUCUACAAUGGCCUGGUCUUCCUCUUUGUCCUGGCCAACUUCAGCAUGGCAACCUUCAUGGACCCUGGCGUCUACCCCAGAGCGGACGAGGACGAGGACAAGGACGAUGAUUUCCGAGCGCCGCUCUACAAAAACGUGGAGAUCAAGGGCAUCCAGGUCCGGAUGAAGUGGUGCGCCACCUGUCACUUCUACAGGCCGCCGCGCUGCUCGCACUGCAGCGUCUGUGACAACUGCGUGGAGGACUUCGACCACCACUGCCCCUGGGUGAAUAACUGCAUCGGGCGCAGGAACUACCGUUACUUCUUCCUCUUCCUGCUGUCGCUGAGCAUCCACAUGCUGGGCGUGUUCUCCUUCGGCCUCAUCUUCGUCCUCCACCACCGAGAGACGCUGGCCGCGCUGCACACCACCGUCACUCUGGUGGUGAUGUGCAUCGCGGGGCUUUUCUUUAUUCCAGUCAUGGGGCUCACAGGUUUCCACAUGGUGCUCGUAGCCCGAGGUCGAACAACCAACGAACAGGUGACGGGGAAGUUUCGUGGAGGAGUAAAUCCCUUCACCAGAGGUUGCUGUGGCAACGUGGAUUAUGUCUUAUGCAGUCCCCUGGCACCAAGGUACAUUUUGGACCCCAAGAAAAAGCCCCAGGUCAAAAUACAGCCCCCGUUCAUCAGACCUGACUUUUCAGAGAGGCAGAUCACCAUCAAGAUCAGCGACAACGGCAUCCACAGCACCAUCAUCAGCUCCAAGUCUAAAACCAGUCUGGAUGGUCUGGAUGAGAAGAUGCAGCCGCCGCUGCCGCCCAAAGCUGACCGGUACAACCAGCUGAAGGGCCAGCUGACCUCCAGCGAAGAUAGCGCUCUCUCCGGUAAGACCCACCCUUCCACUCCAGCCAUGUACAAGUUCAGGCCGUCCUUUGGCACCAUGCCGAAAGUCCACUACCACACCGCUGGAGAGAAGAUCAUCAUGCCAGAUGAGCGGAAAACCUCGGCCAUCUUGGAAGAGGGCGUGCGCGGUCAUGACUACCGAUCCGAGCCGAACCUGGACCUGCCCGAGUACACCAACGCUCCGCUCCACCGCACCUUCCAGUCCUCCCCCCACCAGCUGGACUCUGACCCAGUCACCUCCCACUCCCUCAGCCUGAAGCAGGGUCAGCGGCGUCCAGAGAAGGGCCAGCUCCCGGCGCUGCAGCCGCAGACCCUCACCUCCACCCCGUACAAGAGCGUCUUCUCGCCCAACACGCUCUCCAACCGUAACGGCAGCUUGUCCUACGACAGCCUGCUCAACCCCAGCAUCUCCCCAGCCGCCGCCAGCGAGUGCAUGGCCCACCGCGGGAUCCCCUCCACAGGCUUCCACUCACCCUACCUGCCCACCAAAAUGUGCCACAUCCGGGAAACUGACAUGCAGAGGCACCAGGUGGCCUCCGCCUACAGUCCGGUGAUGCAACAAAGAGGGGUGGGCAGGCAGUCCCCUCACCUGCGAGACCGGGACCCGUCCCCGGUGCGCUACGACAACCUCUCCCAGACCAUCAUGGCCUCCAUCCAGGAGCGGAAGGAUAUGGAGGAGCGGGAGAAGCGGCAGAUUCUGCACGGGCGCUCGCAGACCCACAUCUACGCCCAGGACUCUGGCGUGUUUGACGGGGGUUACGGCUUACCCCCCAGCGCUUGCUACCCAGACGGGCCUCGUGGCACCGUCUCCCGAGGCCCCACACCUCCCGCCUUCGGAGGCUCCAGGGACAACCUGAUGGGGGUCGGUCUUGUGAGCUAUGGGCAACGAACCCCAGCGCUGCGCUCCACGCUGGGCCGCGCCCCCAGGACUUCCUCCACCUCCCUGCACACUGAUCACAGUAGCAGCAACAGCAACCAGAGCCGGGCCGCCUGCCCCGAGGGCCUCUAUCGCUCCCCGGCCCACCAACCACACUCCCCCGCCAUGCCCCGAUCCCCCUCCUACUCCCACCAAAAACUCUCCUACAUCAGUGCCCUAGAGAGGACAGACUCACCUCGUCUGGGGGGCCCAAGAGAGGCCAUGAAAGUAAACGGGCAGAUGGACUGCCACCCCAGUGCCCAGGGUCCCACCCUCAGCCCCAGCCGUCACAGUAACGUCAAAAAGGUGACGGGUGUGGGAGGCACCACCUACGAGAUAUCAGUGUGAGCCGCAGCCACCUCCAACGACCGCCGCGCUGCAAAGAGAGCCUCUUUUAUUUUCUCAAUAACACGCAGCACAGCUAUUGUCCAAUCAGAGGGUCCGUCUUGCCAAAUGCCCGUGUGUGUAUGAGGGGUUGUUUGUCAGAUUGUGUGUGUGUGUGUGUGUGUGUGUGUAUGAGAGGUUGUUUGUCAGAUUGUGUGUGUGUGUAUGUGUAAGGAGUGUUAUGUUGUUGACAUUGUGACGCUUCAUUUUGGUCGUUAAAAGUGGACUGUUGAUGUUAUUGCUGUUGUCUCUGAGCUGUGGUCAUGGAGCGCAUGUUGUUCCGGAUGUCUCAAAAACUUUUGCUGAAGGCUGAACAAAAACAGAUGAUUCAACACCGACAUCCCGACCAUGGACCUCUGUGAGAGAACCGAUUUUUUUCGAGUGGAUUGGCCUCAAGGUGCUUCACAUUAACGUGUCCUGUUCAUGCCAUCUCCAGAGUAUUUGGUGGAGUAAUUUAGAUCAGUACCUACUGAAUAGGCAGGCAACACAUCUCAGAUAUCGAGGAAGGAAAGUCGUAUCAUAUUAUGUCUGGUGGUUGCAUUCCAAGUUCAUUGAGAAAGUCUAAUACCAUAGAGUGGUGCAGUGAUGAUGUGUUUCUGUAGGAUGAUCUGAAAAUUAGCAUUGCAAGGGCUCCCUCGACAAAAAGCAUACAGAGUUUACAGGAUAAUCUCCACAUAUUAACACCAGCUAGUGACUUUUGAAGCAGAAAUGCAACCGCCAAGAGUAAAAAGCAAACGUUAGGCUAUAAAGGAGCUACAAAACGCUUGCAUGGCUGUGCAACAACACAAGUAAUCUCAAGGUGGAAUAGUUUCAUUCAUACAAUAUAAGCAGGUGUUUAAUGACUUAUGUUAUCUAAAGGAAAUUGAAAAUCACUUCAGCUUUUGUUCAUUACAGAACUUAUUUCAAGCGUCUAACCAAAAACUGUUUCAAAAAUAGCUAACUCUGAAACCAGGAAACUAGAAGUUGUAAAAUACUGUCUAAUUUCCUGGUUUUAGGACUCGUCCCUGCACCACUCUAUUGAUUACACAGCUCAGUGGAAUACUCGUUUCUGAUUGGUCAAUUUUGAUAUUCAGCAGUCUGUUAUUUUUCAAUUGCAGACUGCUGCUCUGAUAAAGGGACCGUGAGCAGUUGUAUCAAUCUGCAGAAAGGAGCCCGGUCAAUAUGAAAACACUUUAUAUUUUGAUAAACUGUUCCCAGUAAAGACAACAGAACAAAAAUAAGAAAACUAAAUCUAUAUUGUGAGUCAAACUGAUGCUUUAUAUAGUAAACAGCUGUGUAAUAAGCAAGGUAAUGUGCAGCCUGUUGGGUUUCUGUUCGGCAUAUACAUCCUUACACAGUUGAUUUAAUCAGAAAGAAGCCCCUGAGGAAUGAAUGCAACCAGCGGAGAUGCUACAUGAUAUUCAUUUAUACAUCAUGAAUGGCUUCCUUGUCUCAUAUGUUUAGGGUUUGAGUCUAACCUAGCCUCUUUAACUCCCUUCAUUAAGGUGCAGAACAUCGCCUCUGUUUGUUUUUAGUGGAGUUCAGGGUGAUUUCAACGUGAAGGGCAGGACGGAUGUGUUCUGUUCUGAAAGAUAACAUUACCUCAUCCCAAGAGUCAGAACGAGUCCAGCCUUUCACAACCAAAACAACUUUCUGUGUGUGUGGUUGUCUGAAGGGUUUAGCGUGGAAGUUGUUUCUGUUAUAAUCACAGGAAUGGAAAGAAGUGUACAAGCCAUCGUCUAAAAUGAAGAUGACUGGUUGCUCAUUCAUUAUUCUGUUUCUAGUUUUUUUUUUUUAUGGGUUUGUUUCAUUUUUAUAUAGCCAAACUUUCAGAAGCUAUGUUUGAUACAUCUUUUUUAUACGCUUAUAAGCCCUGGAAUGGAUGUCUUUAUUUUCGAGUGGAGUUUUAUUUUCUAAAUAAAUUAUAAAUCCAGUAAAUAAAUGAAGUCAUUAUAACAGGAAGGAGUAAAUAUAGACUGUUCUGCCUUGAAGUGUAAAAGAAAGGAUGAUGAAAUGUGAGUGAUUUGAGGAAGGGGUAAUGUGUGCGUGUACACAAGUCAUAGAUUGGGAUUUUAAUUGAAGAUGCCUUGAGAUUUCUGUGCAGAAAAGCGGGUAAUUAAUUUCUCAAAGAUGGUGAAUGGGUGACAUCAAGCUGACUGAAAAUGAAUUUGCAGCAGCUGUCUGGUACAGCUCAGUGUCUCCCGCCACUCGGAGACGCAAACCCUUUUCUUUGUUGUUGCUUUUAUUUGAAAAAAGUCUCAAAACAUUUAUUAAUUUGGACCAUUAAACAGAACUAGUAUUAUCUGAAGUGAGUUAUGACAGAAUAUAGUGAUGGAUUUGGUCCGGCUUCAAUUUGCAUGAUAAAUAAACCAUUGUUGCCUUUUGAGAAGAUAAAAUAUGGCUGGUUGAAAACUAUUGUACAUUAUGGGACAGUGAAUUACCGUUACUGGUAUGUAUCAAGCAGCGAAAAGCUGUAGGAACACCUGUGAGCAAAAUAAGACUGGGUUAAAUUUAAAGGGACCGUUCAGCACAAAAUCAAAUAUAUUUAUCCUAUAACCUGUAAAGCUAUUUAUCCAUUAAGAUGCUUUGGAUUUACAUUAUAUAUUAGAGAAGGCAGAUGUUUUGACAGCCAAUUCCUCACUAAAUUGAUAAGAAAAGGAGAAAAAUAGCUCUGAAUUCGGGGUGUACUGUCCCUUUAAGAGCAGAACGUUCUGGAGAAUGAAUAUCUGACCCGAUUAGGAAAGUUGAAUCACCUUUUCAAGAAUAUUUUUCUUCCCGUUACAGGUGCAUUCAUACUUUCCUUGCUGGUGGAAAACAGUUCACCACAAAAUCCAAAAUAUUUGUACUUUUAUCGGUAGUGCUAUUAAUCAAUCUUGAUGGUUUGGGAUGGGGUUCCUUGAAAGAAAAGAGUUCCUACAAACUGCUCAUAAUGUCUGUGGAUUAUAUCAAAAAAACAGUUCAUGAAAUAUGUUAAGAGACAUUGAUGGGAGUUUUUAAACAUACUUAUUUUGGCACUUCAAUCACCACAAGCCAAGUGCCAUUUAUUUCCUCCAUAAUCGAGAGAAGGAAGAUACUUUUACAGCCAAAAUAUGACUCGGCAACUCCCAGCGACACAAUCCAAUUGAUUAAUAACACUACAGCAUAUUGACUUUGGAUUUAGGGGUGUAGCCUACUGUCCCUUUAAGAGUAGAAUGUUAUGGAAGAUAGGCCAAUGUACAAGAUACAAAUAUAUCUUGAUUUAAUUAAUUGCCUCAUUAAGAAAUGACUUUACUUUUUAUAACAUCUUUCUUAUCCUACCAUUUCUGGUGCAUUCAUACUUUCCUUUUCUCCAGACAUCCGUGGCAAACUGGUCAAUAACUGUGGUAGUGAGUGGUCCCCCUAUUAAGGUCUCACCCAGCUGCCUUACCAUGAACACAGUAAUGUUGAGUAACAGGAUAAUAGUCUAUACGAGUCAUGUAUUCCUGAAUUGUCGUGAGGCUCAUGAAGUAUGAAGGGAUGCUUUUUGGGGAAACCUGUUAUCUGCAGAGUUGCUGAAGAUAACCUGAGUCUAUCACGAACACAUAUCGAAACACUAUCGAUGUCAUUCCUCUUUAAGAUGACUGCCAUAGGUCCAAUGUUCUUUAAUUUGGGGUAUGGACAUCGCUGCAGGUCAGGGACCAUUCCUGACAGUCGGAAAAAUGUAAUCUGUUUCAUUUGUCAGCCACGAGCUGACUUCUGUUUUCUCAAACUCAAAUAGAAAGUUCAUGAUGUAUUAAAAUAUAGAAUAUACUAUAAACGUAAAUGCGUUCCUAUUUUUGUGAAGAGGAAAUAUUUCCCAAUGAGCAGAGUAAAUAAAAGUUUCCAACUCUUGGAGUGAA